GGUUUAGAAAGUAAAUGACUGUGUUUGGUGACCGGGUUCGAAAGUUUUGGUUUUUUUACUCGAUAAAGAUGCGUUCUAUUAUGGGGAAGUUACGUUUGGUUGUUUCGUGGUAGGAGGAAAUACCUUUGCAAAUUUGCUAAAACAAAUUUAUUAGUGCGACAGAGUUAUAAAGUAACUUGUGAAUUCAUGCUAUACGUUCGCUCGUUAAGCUAAAUAUAAUAUAGAAGAAUUCUUAUUGCAAAGCAGCUCAAUAGACGAUAAUGUUUGUUCGUGGUUAAACAUCACCGUUGACGGAUGAAACGCGCCGGAGUCCUCCUACCAAACACAAGUGAAAAUGUUGACAUUGAUCAGCUGAUUUUGUUUCUCGGUCUUGUUCAACGUAACACUUGAAGCUCUUCAUUUUACGAGGAAAGACAAAUUUAACCAUUAAUCUCCUCGUGUGUGCCUGGCAUUACUCAGAUCAAUCAUAGAGGCGUCAGAAAUAAGAUGAGAACACACUAACAUUUAGCUAAUCCACCAACAUGAAUGGAGGAAAAUCAUUCAUCGUGAAUGUUAAUACCAAGGUUGCUGUAGCAGCAGCCUUGGGUGCUGGAGUCCUGGUGGGAGCAGGGACAGCGUAUUUGCUAACACGCAUCAAUGAGCACACGCACCUCACGCAGCAGAUUUCAAGCCUACACGCUACGAUCUUAGAAGUGAAACGAGAUUUAGCCUCUUUGGAAACAGGUCUAUCUCAGAAGGAGUUGGGCAACUGGCAAGAACUAGAAAAGGCACAACUAGACAGAGACCCGGUCGUCUCUCGGUCAGCAUUCCGCAAGAAAACUGUCAGUUUCAGCAGCACCACUACCACAGGUAGCUACCACACAGCACGUGAAUAUGAUACUGAUAGUAGCCGAGCUAACGACACAGACUAUUACUCCCCUGAUGAAGAUGACGACGAAUUUUUUGACUUGUCACCAGAUGAUAGUUUAGAAGUGAUAACAUUUGGGAAACAGCAUCCCACGUCUUCGCCUGAAAGAAGCCGUCUUUUACCUCUCUCUCUGGAAGAUGAAAGCUUAUAUGAAGACUUACAACAAGUUGAUGUGCUGAAUGAUGGUACAGCUGAAGACCAAACCAAAGCAUACCAACUAUUGAAGAAAGAAUUACAAGCGUAUUCUCAAAAUGCUGAAGUUUUAUGGCGGCUAGCUAAGGCAACAAAAAAUAUGGCAGCAAUCCAGGAAAAACUGGGAAAUGUAAAAGAAAGAGAAAAAUUGAUUUUUGAAGCAUAUGAUUAUGCAGCAAGAGCCCUGAAACUGAAUGAGGAGCACCCUGAAAUCCACAAAUGGUAUGCCAUUUUAUCAGGGGCAAGAGGCGAGUUCCUUGGCAUAAAGGAACGUGUUCAGAGUGGCAACGUCUUCAAGGAGCACAUAGAUAGAGCCCUGGAUCUUAACCCUGACGACUCUACCCUCCACCAUUUAUUGGGACGCUUUUGUUUUGAGGUGUCUCAACUAUCUUGGUUGGAACGCAGAGCUGCAGCAACACUCUUCGGAGAAGUUCCUUCAUCAAGUUUCGAAGAGGCUCUGCAGCAUUUCCAGGCUGCUGAAGAACUGAGAUCCUCAGGAUGGAAGGAAAAUCGUCUCUUUAUUGCAAAAUGUUACAUCCAGCUGAGCAACUAUAUUGCUGCAGCAUCGUGGUUACAGAGGGCAUUUGAUGCCCCUAUUAUUACACCUGAUGAUGAAAUUGUACAUAAAGAAGUAUGGGAGUUGCAGGUUAAGUAUGCGUCAUACACUGACUUAUGAAAUAGUGCUGUUUCUGUUAAGCUUCUGUACUUGAAACAUUGCAGAAAUACAAUGAGAAUCAAGUUAGGCAGGAUAGCAAUUUUUCAUACACUUUAAAACUGGCUACCUGGAAUCCCAGCUCACUAUUGCUUUGCAUAAAAGAGAUUGGUUUGUACCAAAAUUACCAUUAAGAGCGUAUUAGACCAUCCCUACUUUUAGCUGCGAUAUAGCCUCUGUGAUUUUAUAGUGUUAUUUGCGAGUGGUUUCAGUAAUUGUGGGUACUGAGAGUAUUGUACUGUGCUCUUGCUAUUGUGAUGUUUCAGUCAGAACAGGAAUGCUUUAUUUUUAUUAUCAGUAAGUUAUGACAGUAUCACAGAAAGUUAUUUAAGUGGAAUGCUACUAUUCGAUUAGAGAUUUUACCAUGAUUAUUUUGCAUCUAUUUUGUGGUUGUUUAGUAGAUAUAAGAGUUAGUUCUUACGAUAUUUUACAUUCAUGAAGGAAUUCAAAUUUUUUUUAUUUUUUAUUAAACAUACAUAAACAGGUUCCGUGUUUUAAUUGUGGUAAUGCAUAAUGUCAGUCUUCAUCAUUUUGUGAGUAGGAAACCACAUAACCAAUAAACAGUCAAUCAAUCAAUUAUCAUUUUGUUAUCAGUUUUGUUAUUAUAGGAUGUAGACUUCAGAUGGGAUGUAUGAUGAUAUAGUAAACACACCACUCUGUAAAAUUUGUCAGUUUUAGUCUGAGGUAAAUGGUUUGUUCAUUAGUAAGUGCUAAGCACUUUACAAAUGGUGUAGAAGUAGUAUAUACCUUGGUAUGUAGAAGUUCUUUGUGAGGUUACUGAGUGAAGACUAGUUGACCAAGGCUGGAGGCAUGAAGGCGUCUUUUAUUUACCCGUGGAGAUUUGACAUUUAGGAUAGACAAUGAGAAGUACAUACAUGAAAAAUGGUACUACUUUCAAUAAACAACUAGAGUUUUCAAAUAAAAUUUUUAUUGAGUGUUCAUGUUCAGGAAAUGAAGUUUUUGCUGAAGUUGUAGGGGAAAACUUGAAGAAACAAAGCUGUGUUCUGUUGUGACUUUUAGCUUGGUUUCAAAGGUAAUCAAGCCAUAUUUAUUUAUUUUAAUUCUUCAGAAGUAUGAAGGGAAUUUUGUAAACCUUAUUAAAUUUUUAAUCUUUUAGAACUUUUUUUAAAUUGACUUUUUUUGUGACGUCAUUAAAUUUGCCUCUGUUUACUAUAGUUUAUAAAGCCAAAAUGAUUUGGAAAGUUCAAUACCAUUACAAUCAUAAGUUUACACCCUGCCUCACAAGCCACAUGAAGCAGACUUAUUAAUUUUUUUUGUAGUCUGGCUUAACCAUUAACUUCGUGCCUCAGUUUUGCAUAGUAUUUCAUUGAAGUAGACGGCAGUCUUUGACAAGCAGUAUUAGUACUGUAGCAAAGCAGAAAAGAUUUUACUUAGCCUGGCUUGAGAAUACAGUACAGCUAUUAUCUCCAUUUAUGUUUUUAUCAGGAACAGCAUAAAAAUGUCAUUGUAAGAGUUGAUGUUUCUGUAACUAACGAUACUUUAGUUCUUCCUAGUACAAAGUCUUAAUUAUAAGAGUUUCUUGUCCUCAUAGAAAGUUGAAGUGUUGGAUUUUACAUUUUUUUCCAUAUCCAUCCAUACGAUACUUUUGUACAUAGUUUUUAAGAUUCAUCAACAAUAAAGAUUUGAUAUCAGAUUUUUCCACAAGGUUAGAUGUGAAAUAAGUUUUCUCUAAAGUCGUAAGUUGUGUACACUUUCCUUCUGACACUUUCCUUCUGAUUUCCUAUACAUUCUUACUGGUGUUCAUUUUUGUCCACCCUUAUCUACUACAGUUAGCUUGACUUGAGCUUGUGGUAAGUUCACUGAAGCUUCAUUUUAUCAGGAUUUUGCGUAGAGUCAAAUCCCUCAUAUAAAACGAUUCUGUACACCGUGUAGGAUAUUUACAUAUGGAUACAUAAUAAAACGAGAAAAUACAAAUUUUUCUCUCUCUCUCUCUCUCUCUCUCUUAUUCACUAGGGUUUCAGUUAGGAAACAGUUAAUUUAACUAAGCUACAUAAGCCUAAUUUUCACUAAUAUAUAACAGUGGUUUUAAAUUCAGUACCCUUUGAUAGGAAUAGUCUUAGUGCUAGUUUCAAGUCUAUUAUACAACAGCAUUAUGCAAGGUAGUACAUCUACAGCAGUUGUAAGGAUAUGACAUAGUGUUAUAUUUCUUCCAGUUAAGAUGCACUUUACAUUUUUGUAUGUUUUUGGUGAAUUUGGCUCUUGGCCAAUUCAAGUUUUGUAUUGGAGUGUUCUAGGAUUAUAUUUUCUUCUGUUAUGUUUAAAUAGAAAUUUAUUUUAAUUUUCCUUUAUGUUCUUGGUAGUCUUGGCACACAGUUAGUUCAAGUUGUAUGUGUUUUAGAACAUUGUGUGAUUUUAUUUUCAAGUGUAUGUUUUCUGUUUGUGUAAGUUUAGGGCAGACUGACUGUUCCUCAUUUGAUGAUAAAUUGCAUCUCUGACCUUCUAAUUUGUACUUUGUCAAAUGCCAUAUCAAGAUUUACUAGAAUGUUAGUCUAUUUGUGUGGCCCACUACUGUGUUUUCCACCAACCACAUUUUGUUGUUAUAUUUUUUGAUGUGUUUUGAUACCUCUCUCUGAUUCUUUGCUUUUCAGUUUCCUUGUAUGAAUUCUUUUGAGUAUCUCUUUCCUUUUAUUCUUUCUAUCCAUCAUUGUGAAGCAAGCUACCAGCUUUUGAGCAUACCUCUUUUAAAAUUAUAUUUGCAAAUUCUAUGUUGAUUUUAUGUAGGUAUCUAGAGUAUUAUGUAGUUAGAUUUUUAUGUAGGUAUCUAGAGUAUUAGUUAUGAUGUAGAAGAAAGUAAACCUUUUUAUCAUAGUUGAGGACCUGGUAUGUUCUUGGACAGUUUUGAAAAUAUUGCUGUUCCAGUUUGGCAGUCUGUGUGAAACAGUGAUGCAGGCAUAAAUAUGGCUCAGAUUUCAGUACAUUUGAAAGCCUUAGGCAACAAUUUUUAUGCUCUGCAUAACUACAUAAUUUUAUUGAAACUAAAAUGUGGAUAUUAAAAAAAUUCUCAAGAUCACAAACAUUUUGCUGUUUCAGGCAUCAGUCUGUUGUUAUAACAUCAUUUAGUUUUUAUUUAAAAAAGUGUUUAGUAUGGGUUGCAUGAGUAGAAAGAAUUCUUGGCUGUUCAGCUUGUCUAGAGCACAAUUGGUUUUAAUUGAAAGCACACUAGGAUAUGUAAGGUAGAAGUGACCAGAAAAGUAUGAGAUUAUAGUAGAAUUCUAUGAGAAUAACAUCAGUACAAUUGCUUCCCAGAACCCAGAAAAUGAAGUGACUGUGAGCCCUUUAUGGACAAGAAAAUCCCCUUGUAGUAUGAACCUGGGAGAUGGCUGGCUUUAGUUAGUUUUUACUUGCCGUGCUCCAGGUGCUAGCUCAACUGACAGCUCUUGGAAGAAGUGUAAGGGUUUAGACCAAGGACUUACUGUUGUAUAGCAUUCUCAACCCAAUAACCACUAGCAGAUAUAUACCAGAAAGCACCCAAAGGAAAGCAAAUUGCACCUAGAGAGACAAAGUCAGAGGAGAUACAUGACAGUUGAAGUAGAAGCUUGUUAUGGGAAAACAGAAUUCAGAGGUUAGAACUUCAGAAUAUAUUGGAUUUUAUUGAAUGUACUCUGAGUUUGCUAUGAAGAUCAAACAUUGUAGAUGAACAAAAUUUAAGCACAAAACCCCAUUUGAAGAGAGAACUAAUGUCAUGCAAAGUAUUAGAAAAAUGAAGUUCUGGGUCAAGUGCUUGUUCUAUUGGCUAACAAAAAAAAAGACAUAAUCUCUAAUUGAUAAAUUUGUAGCAGUAGUUGAGCUGUUUCCAAGGACAAUCAACUUGCUCCCAGGGGAGAGAGCAGACAUACUAGGGUGACUAAGUUACUCUAGUUUUAGAAAUUACAGUACUGUAUAAAGGUAACUGAAGUCAUUGUUAAAUUAUGAAAUCAAGCCCAGUUUGACUAUUAAAAAUGAAAAAAAGGUGCCAUAGAGAUUACCUGAAAACUUGACUGCAGAAAAACUUAAAAGAGUGAGAGUUACAGAGUUUAGUAGAGAGAGAGAAACUCCUUUGAAGCCAAGCAAUCUAAAGAUGGCUGUACUGCUGAGUAACUGUGGGAAGUGGCAUGCUUGAGUAUGUUACAAACCACCUGGAAGGUUUAAAAGCAAGUAUUUCAAGCCAGUGGAAAUGACAAAAGUGGAACCUGCAAAAAAAAAAAAAAAAAAAAAGAGAGAAGAAAAGAUCUAUAAAGGAGUGGUGAAUGGUGUCAUUGAUUAGUCAAAAUACUGUACUUUGAAUUCUAUACUGCUGCAAAGACACCAUGUACUAUAAGAGCAAUGUAUGAAAAACUAACAGGUAUAGGAAAUACUUAAUAUAGCUUUCAUAGCUGCAAUAAAAGAAAAGACACUAAAACGAGACCAAUUUCUUGAAAGACAGUAUUAAUUUUGCCUCCCAGUAGGACUACAUGUCAUCACAUCACCCACUAGCUGUUUUUAUAUCGGCUCUUCUUUGGCCUCUUAGAGGUUGUGCCAUAUAAUAUCCUGAUGGAUGAAGUCAUUGGUUGACAACAUGGCUGAGUUAAACCUUUCUAAAGUCUAUUUCUUUUUCUUGUAUGGUGUAGAAUACCUUAGGAGUUCACAGAAUUCGUAUAAAAGAGUCACUCAUUUUGAUGGACCUUUUAUGCCUCCGUAGCUUUUAGUUAGAAGACAGAGAAAAUUUUUUUAAAAUAUGACAGAUUUUUGUAAUAAGUUAUCACGGCACAACAAUAGGUUGUGUGUAAGGUAGAACUUUCAGUGAUUGGUUAGGUAAAAAGUCAUUUAUGGGCAUGAAAAAGGGGAUUGUGGCCAAAUAAUCAACUAGCCCUGUUUUUUACACAUUAGGAGAAUGAAAAUGAAGUAAAAACCAUUAAAAUCUUAAAAUUCAUUGUAAGGCAUACAUGUUGUUCCUGUGCUCAGUUGAAAUAGGACCAAAAGCAACCUAAAACCUACUAGUACAGUAUGUAGAACCAUCAAAACUUAUGUAAUGAAUAUGCUACCUAAAAUAUGUGAACAGAAUAAUGUAUAUUCUAUGGUAACAAAGCCAAUACUACCAGUAUUUUCUGCUCAAAGUUAAUGCAGGUAUGUAAAACACAGGAGUCACUUGGAACAGAAAGGCAAGAGUAAAUGAUAGCAGAGGAAGUAUUUGAAAACUAUAUUAGACAGUCAAGAUAGAUUGAGAACUGGGUCAGAUUGAAUUAGUCCGGGUCAAAGUAAGUAUCAGUCCCGAACAGUAUCACUAGAGGUCCCAGUUAUUGGCGCUCAUGAAAGAAGAUCCAUUUCCAUUGUAUAUGAAAUCUGUGGCACUGUCAAGAAAAACAAAAUUUUGACAUACACUUGGUUGUGAUUGCUAUAUUUCAGAGCCUAAUCAAGAGACAAAUAUAGGUAUGCAUUUAUUCUUUUCAUUUGUUGGGGGCUUUCAGGCAUUCCUAUAAAAAAAAUCACACUUUAAAUAGGAUGCUUUUAAGUUUGUGUCCUAUUCUGAUUUAUAUAUAAUGAUAGGCCCUUUUAAGAUGAAUUAUUUUUUCUGACACAAGCAAAGGUUAUCAAGAGGGACGUUAUGUCUCUGUGACUGUUAAUUUUUUUUUGUAUGGUGUUGCCAUGUUUGCCAUUUAUUUAAUCUUGUCCAUUGUGGUUUUUUCAAAGAUGAAUGAAGGUUGUUUUAGAAUGUAGUCACUAUUAAUUUUAUAAAGAGAUGAAAUAUUGGUGAUGAAGACGUUAUUAUUAGUAUUUGCUGUACUCACUCUGUAAUUUACUCAGUGAUACCUGUUACAGGGGGGGAUUUUGAUAUCAAAUGAAGUAUAGAUUUAUUUAUUAUAGUUUAUUUAAUAGAAUCCAUGUGCAUUUUUUGAUGCUGCAUUCAGGAAAUGAGGUUUAAUUCCUUUUUUCAACAAAUUGGAAAGUAUUUGACAUGGCAGCUUGUAAUAACAUUGUCAGUAGUUUUAGUUUUGCAGUUUUUGUCUCAACCUUUAUCCACCUUCAUAUCUUUGUCAGUAAUUGUGAAGUUUUAAUGGUCACUGACAACAAGGUUUCAGGAAUUCAGAGUUAGUAAAUGGUUAUUACAGUUUUUGUGUAAUAGUACUACUGAACCUGCAGCUACUUUGCUAUAAUUAAUGUUAGUUUUCUGUUGUUGCAAUGGCCACUUAAAUACAGAUAGUCCCCAAAUUAUGCAGGGGUUAGGUUCAAGUCAUCAGACAUUAAAUGGGAUAGAUAUCAACCAGAGACCAGCAAAUGCAAUAAUGUAUAUGUCUUAUUUAAAUAUGCGAUUCCUUUUGUAUAACUUGAGUAAAAUUUACUUCAGCUGGUCAUAUUUUGGAGGAUAAUUAUGUAUGUAUUAGUUCAUUUUGUGUAGUACAUAAUUGUUUAUAUUACAUUUGGAAAGUUUUUUUUUUUUUUUUUUUUUUUUUUUUUUUACUUCAUUUUGGGCAAGGGUUGGCUUUGGGAAAUGUAAUUUAAUUGCAUAUAGACAACUUUCAGGCUUGUAAAUUGGGGACAGGCUGUAAAUAUAUAGUUUUUUUUAUCAAAGUUGAUUUUCAUAAUACAACACAUAUAGUGCCAGGUUCAUUUAUCGUGAAAUGUUUGCAGACAGAACUUUUCCACAGGAAGAAUAUCGAUAACUAACCUGCAGAUGGGUAGUGCAUUUGUGCAGUAAGAUUUACCUGAUCUCAGCUGUCAUCCCAGCUCAUUCUUUUUGCAAUUAGGCUUAAAUAACAAAAAUACAAGUUUGAAGUUUGAAAUAUUAACAUGCCUGAGAAGUCAGGGGGUUUACAAUAAAAUAGUCUCCUUUCUGACAGUAGAGAUCUUUGCUGAGGCAGAAAGACACAAGGUCACUGUUGUGCCAGGGUUUAUUCUAGGAGUUCAGUUCAGAAAAAUCAUGGUUUGAUGCUCUCAACCUGGCUUAUAAUGUGGAAAUUUACUGUAACUCUGUUCAAAUUUUCUCUCUUCCAUCUGACUUUCCACCCCCUCUAACAAUUGUUUCACAGUGCAACUGCAAGGUUUUCCUCCUGUUACACCUUUCAAAGCUUCAGUUUCAGCACUGAAUGACCUCAUAGGCCCCAGCGCAUGGCCUUAGGCGUAAACUCUAAUUCUAUUGUCAACAUGGAAGUCUCUGAGACAGCUAAGUUACUCAGAUUGAUUGAUUGCUAAAACUGGGUGAGUGCAUUCUUUAACAAUGCAGUGGAGUGAUUUUGAGUGAGAUUCAAGUAUAAUGGGUUUGCUCAGAUUUAGUGAGAAACCUUGUGGCCAGACAGAAAAGAGGGCUCAUUCCCACUGCAUUAUCUCUUGAUUGGAGGCAAUAAAAGGUUCAUUCCCACUGCAUUAUCUCUUGAUUGGAAGCUAUAGGAUGUUGUUUCAACUGCUCAGCUUGGUGAAAGAACAUAAAUUGAGCUAUUCUAAUUUAGGUCUGGUAUUAGCGGACUUAUUGUGGGUAGAUACAUAAAUACUUUUUGACCACCAUUAGUGAAUUACUGGAGCAGCUUGUAGAGUGGGAGCACUUUGGUUUUAUUUGCAAAUUAGGAGUUGACACAGAAGGAUCAAAGGCUCAGGAAGAAACAUUGGCUCUAAGGUGCCUCUGCCUAUAGACCUGUGUAUUACUCCCUAUCAACUACUCUUUGUACCAGUGUGCACUGGUGGUAUAGAUAGCAUUACGCAGAGACACUUGUCUCUCUAAAGAUUUGCACAACUUAUGUGGCUUUCUUGCAAUGUAGUUUUAUAGGUAUUACACAGCUUACAUGAUAAGUCAGGUGUCUGCUCACGCUUACUGCUAAGCAUGGUUCCUACAAUAAGUACGUACAUAUAGCACAAAAUAAACAAUACCAAAUAUAAUAAUAUAGCACAAAUUAUUAGCUCAACAUGUAACAAGGCACAAGGUAUUGUAAUUACCUCAGGAAAAAACUAUGUAUACACUUUGAAUCAAGACAAAAAAAGAGAGCAUUAACAUGAAUAUUAUGGCACUGAAUGACCUCGUAGUGUCCCAGCAUUUGGUCUUUGGCCUAUAUUCCUUAUUCCAAUUCCAGUUCGAACAUGAACAACAUACAGAUAACAUGUGCUUACUUAUCCUACACUAUCUUAAGUAAGCUGCAUGACAAAUCCCCAAGUUUUUGAAAAGGCACUAACUAACAAACAAUGCAAGGUAACUUGUCUAAACCAUUAAUCAUAGAUGAAAUUGAUGUAUUUCUCUGUAUAUAUGCACUACCCAAGUGACAUGGUCUGAUAUUGUUUUGCUCCUUUGUUGGGAGGGAAUAUUUUGUGAAAAUGAAAUGGGAAUGAUGAGUUGUAGGUUUUUGCCCUUGGAAGUUGGGAACUUGAAUGUGUUGGUGUCCAGAAAAAUUCCUCACAGGAUUAAUUUUCUUCAUCUGUUACCGUUAGGUAAAAGUAGUGUAUAAUAUGCCAUGUUGAGAGUUUUACGAACCAGCUCAAUAAUGUAUAGAUUUGUAUAGCACAUACUCAUUGGUUUUUUCCCCACCCUAAGUGUAAUAGAUAUUUAGUAAUUUUUGAAGUCUUUGGAUUGUUCAAGAGUCCGUCCUUCUACAUGAACUUUUGUGUAAUGAUUUUUAUUAAUGUUUAAAAGGGUUGUGCAAGUUAGAUACUUUGAUUAUGUUUAAACCUUUUUUGAAUGAUGGUACUGCAGCAUAUUUAUUCAAUUAACAAUGAAGAACUAAGAAAUAGAAUACAAAUGGCAGGUUGGUAUCAGUGCUGUUAUGGGAAAAGAUUGCAAACUUAGUUUACUGUGAAAGUAAAUAAUGAAACAAAUCAGGCACUUUUGUCACUAUGCUUACAGGUCAGCAUCUAAUUUCAGAACAAGUUUCUGAGAACACUUGUUCUUGGAGGUCUCUUUUCUCUUCUGUCAACUUCAGUCUCGGAUUUUUUUUUAUAUUUUUGAGUUUACAUCCAUAAAGGAAUUUGUUUACAUCACUCAGUCUUGUAGAUGAUUUUUGAGAGUCCUUGCACACAUUUUAAGAUUUCUGCAUAUUUUAUGUUUCAUCUUCUGACCCCAAAUGUAAAGUGUUUUCCAUUGCCCAUUACCUUCUUUUACUUCUUUCAUAUGAACACCACAUUCUUUGGAAGCUUGAAUUGCAAGUCAAUGUCCCCUGUUGGCUUGCUCCAUAUGAAUAGGGUUCAGCUUCUGAACAUAAUAAUAAAUGAAUACAUCUAUGACUAACUUCUGCAGUGAAAUGGGGCAAUAAUAAAUGAAUACAUCUAUGACUAACUUCUGCAGUGAAAUGGGGCAGAAGCAAAAGCAGCAUAAGUUUUAUUUACUUAAAAAAUUUCCUUCUUUUUGUAUUUCUGAGAAAUUUGAUAUAGUCUUUUCUCUUCAUGCCUGUCAUCAACACUGCCAGUGUACUAUUGUGGGGCAUUAAGGACUACUAAACACUAGCAUAAGAGCAGAUUCUCAGGUGAGCUUAGAGAAUCAGUGGGAUACAUAGAACACUGGCCUAGAGCUGAAUUACUUGAGAAGUUUGCCAUGGUGCAGGAUGGGUGUGAAAAAUUUUGAAGGCUAAUAUCGAACAUUUUUUUUUUUUUACAUUAUUUAACUUUUCCAAACAUAGAUAAUUGAAACCUUGAAUAUUAGUCUGUAAAUAAGAUAAUAUCUCUCCAUAAGUAAUAGAAAGAUGCCUGAUUUGAUGUCAAAAGUCACCUGACAAAACACUUGCAUUUUCGUGAAUAUCUAGUAAAACUUGAAACUACAGUUAUGCCUGUAAUUUAGUUGAACAACUUUUGAUUUUCACCCCAAGUAGUCAGUCAUGUAUCUAGUUUUGUGCCUUAAUUUUUUUCAACUGUUCUUUAAUGUAUGCUUUAUGCGAUGAUGUACAAUAACUCUUGACAAUACAAACUGUGUUUUGUGGAUAAAGGUCAGAAAUCAUAAAUGAUUUUAUGAAUAGUACCACCUCACUUUUACAAAUCCUGUGUGUGUUUUUGGGUGUUUAUUACUAAUAUAUAAGCAUUUUCUUGAAAGGGUUUAUGAACCCAUUAUGUAAGAAGGGUAUUCAAGAGAAUGAUGAAUGUCACAUAUUGAAAUCUAUUAGGAUAAGAAACACAAUUCAUACAUAUUUAUACGAGAGGAAAAACUUUAAAUGAAUCAUAUGUUCCUGGAUAAUGUAGGCUUUUUGUAAUACUACUGUAUUUAUUAUGCUCUGCAUUUAAUUUCUUUUUUGGAAACAUGAAAAAUAAUAAAAGUAGUAUAUUUGUAGACCCUGAAAACUUGUAGUAAUGCCAUUUAUUCUGUAAUUGUUAAUUUGAACUUCAGGUGUUUGUGUCAGCUAUUGGUAAAUCUAUAGUAAAAUCUUUCAAGAUGAGAUCCAUUAAUGCAAGUUAUUACCAUAUGUUUAUUGAUACAGAUAUUUUAGGGUCUUUGUUACUUUUAGUGUAUACAAUAUUUGUUGUACUUUUAGUGCCUUUUUGCAGUUCACAAUAUUUUUAAUCUGUCAGGUAUUUAUGCCAUAUAAUACUGUAUCCACACAAACUACAUUCCAGUAUUAAGAGAUGUUGUAUAUACAUGAAUCAUGAUAUGAAGGCCACCAUCCAUUUCUCUGCUCACUCUAGCAUUUCCAGCUGUACUGCUGUUAAUUUUUCCCAAUAAAUCCUUCACUCUUAAUCAGCAUCUUUGGUGCCAAGUAACUCAGCACUGCCUCAAAAGUUGUGUAAAGGUGAGUUCUUAUGGGACUUGAAAUGACUUUUCUCAAGGUUUAGUGUCCAUUUAACAAAACUUUAGGGUUAUAGGGUUAUCUUUCCCAGUAGUCAGUGUUCAUUCAGCAGAACAACUGUAGUAGUACUUCUCAUUGUACCUAUGCCAUAAUGUUUAGUGUGUACAGAAAAGAGAAUGAAGAUUUCCUACUUAGAAAUUGAGGGGUAGUUACUCAGGCUGAGAUCUCCCCCUAUGGCAUUUCCAACUAGGGUUGCAGUUUAGCUUGUAAUAACAGUGAUAAAAUGAACCGUUGCUUACAUUUUCUUAUUACUUAAGAAUAGUUUUCUUAAUUUCCUUUGAGUAUCUUCCUCCUCCUUGACAUUCUGAUUGACAUAAAUGCAAGUAUGGCACUUAGCCACUUAAUGAGCCAGUAAGGGAAAGGAAUAAAUGAAAUGUGGAACUCACUUGAGCAUUGGGAAGUCUCAGCCUGUGUAAUCAUAGUAAUGUUUGGAUUUUUUUAAGCUUGUACUGUAUUGUUAUUAUGAAGCUACAGUUGAAUGAUCAUAUUGUGAUGGUAAUUUAGAUCACUCAGAGUUUAAAUAUGGUCAUGUAUCAAUUUCUAUAGUAGUAUAUAUUUCAUGUGAUAAUUUACUUAAUUCUUGAAAUCAUUCAUUUACUGAUGAGAGUUAAAUCUUGUCUCAAAAAUGAAAUUUGUGAAGGUGUAUUGAGCAAACUAGUAAACAAUAUUCAAGAAUAAAUGGAGAGGGUAAGGAAGAUACGUGAAGAAUAGAAUUACCGCAACAUAAUAUGAAUGAGUGAGGUAAGCAGUUUUGAAGGAAGGAGUGAAAGGAUAUGUCAAAAUAGCAGGUCUCUUCAGAAAGGAAAAGAUGUAACAUCAUCAAGUAACCUUGGAGGUUGAUCAGGUAUAGUUGUACAGUAGUUUCUUUAUAAUGCACAUUGACUAAUCUCGCAUAGUCCAUUUAGUAGUAGAGGAUUUAUUUUCCUUAAGCAGUGUAAGUUUUUAAAAUUCCAUAAAUUCAUUUUAAAAUUUCUGAACUGCAGUAUAUUAGUUUCCAUCAUAUAGCCAUUUCAUUCUUUUGCAAAGCAGCAAAAAUUCUGUUCAUACGCGGGACAAAUCUUCGGUCUUAACAUUAGGAUACUAAUCUUCUAGCACCAGCUGGAAACCAGUUAAAACAAUCAAAGUAGACAUGUCUCAUUGUGUUUAAACCCAGCAGGCUGAGUUUUUAGAUACUCACUUACCUAGUUUCUCACGGGCUCAAACUCUUCUUUAGAACUCUAUCUUCUAGGAAGGGUGGUCAGGUGGGCUGAAACCCCAGCUGGUUCAGAGUACUUAGACCUCCCUCCAAUUAGUGUGUAUAAGUCUAUCCUGUUAUUAAGACUGAAUGUUUGUUCCAUGUAUGAACAAAUGGCAAAUUUUUUAUUAAUUUUUAUUUUUCAUAGCUAACAAACCUGAGGUCUUGAUGUUUACUGCUUACUUAUAGCCGCCCCUCUCAUAUCCUGGGUUGAAAGAAAGACUGACGCGUCACAAGGUCCCAAGCCUGGUCAGUGACUAGCUUCCACCUCGUAUAUGCAUGAGCCUAUUGUUAAGACCUCAAGUUUGUUAGCUAUAAAAAAUACAAAUUGAUUAAAAAUUAGUCAUAUUUUGCAUUGUGUGAAAAAUGUUUUUUUAAUGCUCUGUCAUAUUUGAAGAGUAUGGUUUUAGUGUUUUUAGUUGGAAUUAUUGUUUUUGCAUGUACAUAAUGUCAUCCCCAACAUUCUUAGUCAAUAUAGUACACCUAGAAAUGGAAGUCCAUAGCUGCUUUUCCUGCUGUUAUGCUGCCCGUAUACUCAACUAUAUCCAUUUCUGUUUCUAUCCCUUCACCUUAAAAGUUUGGCUA